AUGUCACCUGCAGAAGAAGAGAAGAGCUUACCUCUUCCAGAGAGAUGGCCCCGAGCCAGCAAAUUCGCUCUGUCAGCUUGUGCAGCCGCUGUGGCAGAACUAGUGACAUUUCCCCUCGACCUAACGAAAACUCGACUGCAGGUCCAAGGUGAAGCUGCUGUUCGUGGCAGAGGAGCUGGUGCUGGGCAGGCGAUCCCUUACCACGGCAUGCUGCGCACUGCAGCUGGCAUCGUUCAAGAGGAGGGCUUAACAAAGCUCUGGCAAGGAGCCACGCCAGCCAUCUACCGACACAUAGUGUACUCUGGUGUUCGGAUGGUCGCAUACGAGCAUAUCCGUGAAUCUGUACUUGGCAGGGCUGAGGAUGGGAGCUUUCCCUUCUGGAAAGCUGUAGUUGGAGGCAUGUGUGCGGGUGCCAUCGGGCAGUUUUUUGCCAGUCCAACUGAUCUGGUGAAGGUGCAGAUGCAGAUGGAAGGAAGAAGGAAGUUGGAAGGAAAGCCAUUACGGUUUCAAGGAGUGCACCAUGCAUUUAUGAAGAUCCUGUCUGAAGGAGGAGUACGGGGGCUUUGGGCUGGAUGGGUGCCAAAUGUCCAGAGAGCUGCUCUGGUGAACAUGGGAGAUCUGACCACUUAUGACUCAGUGAAACACUUCUUGCUUCUGAACACGCCACUUGUGGACAAUGGUGUGACUCACAGUGUUGCCAGCUGCUGUUCUGGUCUGGUAGCUGCUGUCCUGGGAACUCCUGCUGACGUGGUGAAAACCCGGGUAAUGAACCAGCCAAGAGACAAGCAGGGAAGAGGUCUUCUGUAUAAGUCUUCCGUGGACUGCUUAAUUCAAACUGUACAGGGUGAAGGGUUUAUGUCUCUAUACAAAGGCUUUAUACCCACCUGGAUGCGAAUGCUGUCAGCCUGAGAAACUUCUGAGUUCCCUCCUUCCUGCAUCACCAGCAAUUAGAAACCAGCAGCAAAAGCUGCUUCUUCAGUUGCAUCCUAAGUGAUCC